CAACCCUAGUUUAACUAGCAUGACUUACCCUAGUUUAACCUACACGAGUUACCAUCAUCAUUACAUAUCUUCCGUAAUCUUCUCAACUCUUGACAUUCCACUUACCUCCACAGUCCACCGUCUCCAUCACCCUCACGUCUCCAGACUCAACCCCCCACGAUCACUUUUUCUUACACCUACAUUCUCUCUCUCUUCCGUCUUCACCUUCCCCUAGUUCCUUCUUCCUCCAUACUCAAUGUCAAAGAACAGUCGAUCAUUUGCGGAGAUGGGGAUACUUUCUUCAUCCAACGACGACUUUCGAUCCACCUCCAAUAUUGGUGACUAUCUCUCGUUUUCAAGCAAAACUACCAUUGUCGCCGAGUACGAGUUCAUCUACCUCAGUCCUUUUCCUCCCGAAGUGAAGACAUUAAUAAAAAAUCUUGGUUGGGAAAAUUUCUUCGUUCUCCGAAGUCGAGAAAGCACAAGUUACUACCCCCAUGUCUUGAGGAAGUUCUACCACAAUCUAGAGCUUUCUGGUCCCUCUGAUUCUCAUCUGGUGUCGAUCUUCCUCGGACAUAGAGUCUGCUUUCAGCCUCAUCAAUUUGCUGAGAUCCUUGAUCUUCCCGCUGGAGGAGACCCCAUUGAGAGAAAAAGCGAUCUUGCGCGGCUGCACGAUUUUGAGUUUGAAGUUGAACUGUCGAAACUCACGAAGGGGCGCAUCCAGGCUUCUUUCCUCCCCGAUCCUCUUCGAUUCCUCCACUGGUUGAUUGUCAACUGCUUCCUUCCAAGGUACCGUGGUCAUUCCAUUAUUCGUAAACUUGACUUGUUUGUCCUUGUGCAAGCUCAGAGAGGUGUUCCUGUUAACCUCACAUCUCUAAUGUGCCUGAACAUGGUCGAAGCUGCUCCCAAAGGGGAAAACUGGUAUACUGUCUUUCCCUAUGCCACCUGCGCCACCACCUUUCUUGAAAGGGUUGGGAUGGAUCUGAGUGUUUAUGUUAAGGAGGACCAUUCUGCUUAUUUGCCGGUGUACCGUAUAGCUGAAUUGACUAAUACUUUUUCUUGCGAAUCGGCAUACGGAGCAUCAAGAGACCCCUGAGGCCUCCUCAAGCAAACGUCCUCGGCUUGCACGAGAGUCUUUUGUUAUCAAGUUUACUAAGUCUUUGUUGGGUUUUUUUUAGUCUUUUGUCUUUUCCUUUAUUCUCCAGUACUCAAAACUGUCAGGUACUGAGGGGAGCCAGUACAUCAUCUGACUAGGAAAGUAUCCUAUUUUGAUUUCUGGAAUGUCCAGACCUGGAAUUUUCUAUGCAUGCAGUAUUUUCUGAAUUUGCCAUGGCUAGGAUCACUAAGACAGGUGAUGAGAUGCAGUAAUGUUCAUCUCCAAUGGUGCAAUUUUAGUGACUUGCAAGAUGAUGUGGCAAGGAGGUGCAAUUGCAACUUUAAAUUUCAUUGAUGUGGGAAGCUAUUGCAAGGGUGCAAAUUUGCAUCAUGUGCAAUUCUUCUUGCAAUCCAAAUGGACCCGCUGGUGGGCCCUUUUUUACUUUUUAUUAAAGAUUUUAGAUGAUG